AUGCCGCUUGACAGCGGUCAGGCCAUGUUGGAGCAGCAACUAAAGCUGGCGGAAACCCUCACCGUGAAACUCUCCAACUCAUCCACGGGUCAAUUGUGUUCUGCUGGGAAUUCACAAUCCAUCAAUCAUAUCGCCAACAGCAUCACUGAAUUCUUGAACGACCACCAGGCCCAUAUUAAUUUCAAUUUCUGGUACAAACAAUACGAGGACGUUUUCUUUGUCGAUAUGACUGCCCAGGAAGACGCUUGGAAGGUGCAACUUUUGCUCCGUAAACAAGGUCUUGCCGAGCACGAACGUUAUGCUAAUUUAAUCCUGCUCAAGGAUACACUAGACAUUUCCUUCGCGGACACGUUAAAGACGUUGUCGCAGAUUUUUGCUGAGCAGUCAUCACUGUUCAACACUUGA